AUGUCACAUCUCGACAAAGAGGCCAAGCGGAUGCUUAGUCCUCAACUCGAUCAACUCAGCACCAAGAGAUCUCGGUCAGUUUACAUCGUCGAAGAGUCUCCUGGAGGAACCAUGAGAGAGAUGGAUCCCACCGACCGCCACCCGCCAGUUCCUGGCUCUUCUGCCUCUGGCUAUGCCGACGCCCCCCAGGCUGAAGCUGGUCCUUCUACCCCGGCUCCUAUCUUUGAGUCUUCUAGCUCUGGCUCUUCCGGAAACGAUACUCUCGGUUCCAACGACUCGACUCCCAAGACAAAGGCCGUCAACGACAACUCUGCCACGCCCCGCGCUGGCCCCUCGAACUCUGGUAAGGAGGCCUCGCCCAAGAUCGCUGACCAGGCUCUCUCCUCGCAGCCUCCUACUCGCGUGGCGCCCAACUAUGACCUCUCCGAGGAGCAUCUCAAGAAGCUCACGGUCCGCGAGAAGCUCCGAAAGGGAAUCGCCAUGAACUUUGCCCAGAGCCUGUCCCUCGGCGAGGCCCUCCGGGACAAGGCCAACACCGAGGGUGGUCUCGAGAGCGCCGUCACCAUCACCGGAAUGAUGCAGAGACUUGACAUGGAGAAGAACAUGGACCCUGAGUUGUCUCACUCUCACUUCCUGCGUCGUGGCCUCAACGAAGUCGACAUGGUCAACCGGGCCUUGACCAACAAGAGACCUGGAGCGGGUGAGCCCGACAACUAUCGAGACCUGAGAACGCAGCACUACUUCAGCCGCCUUCCCUCUGUUGUCGCCGCCAGUGAGAGACUCCAGGCCAUUACCGGGUCUGCCAACUACCAUCGCUUCGAGCCGGGCCCCAUGCCUGGCCGUCCUUUUGGCCAGAUCAUGCUGGUUGAGGACUUUGACCCCGUCAAGGAUCUGCCCCAGGUGGGCAAGACUUCUGAUGCCACGUCUGGCCUAAUGGCCCAUCUGUGGUCGGGAUGUGCCAAGUACGGCUACAAGAAGCUCGAACUCGACAGCCUCGUCUUCAAGCAGAACAUCAGAGAGAGCCGACUGGUCAAGCGGAGCGUGCCCGGCAGCGAGUGGAACUCUCCCGAUCUUGAUCCUCACACCAUCAUGAGCCUCGACGCUCAGAAGGGCAGCAUCACCAUGUACCAGUCCCUCGUUGCUCUCCCCGAUGGAAGACUCCAGAACUGGACCUGGUUCAGAAUCCGCAAGCCCAUCGUCGACAUCGAUGGUGCCGUCCCCUCCACGCUGGUCGACAUGCACCACUCGGUUCUGGUGUUUGCCGCCCCUUCGUCCCAGAUCGAGAAGACUGAAAACAAGGACGAGAGCGAGAAGCCCCAGGCUGCGAAGAAGGCGUCCCAGGUCCCUAGCCUUGGUGACUUCAGCCAGCUCAAGCUAACUCCCUACACCAAGACGCCUGGUCGCCAGCUGACCCUCGAGUGGAAGUUCACCAAGGACGGCCUCCCCAGCUUUGCCAUCUCGCCCCUCCCGAACCAUAUCCGGGCUCGUGGCUUCCCGCCCGAUUUCCUCUGGGUCGACUGUGCCCCUUACUACAACGGUCGAGACAGUUGGUGGAAGACCGUUCGGGACCUGGCCAAGAACGACCGUGGUCACUGGGACUUUAUCCAGCAGCAGAUGGCGAGCAACCUGUGCUUCGUCGAAGUCAAGUCCAAGCAUGGCGCCGAAUGGACCACCGUGUAUCCCGAGUCCCGAGACAACACCACCGUCGACGUCAAGGGCAAGGGCAAGGCCGUCGAUAAUGGCAACGCCAACAUCAACCAGGCCAAUGCCAACACGAACGCCAACGUCACUGUCGCUGCUCGUGCCGGUCCCAGUGCCAACAAUAACGGCAUUGCUAGUUCCACCAUGCCCUCCGCCUCGGGUCCCGGUGUCCGCCGCCGUGGCAAGAAGGUGCGCGCUUCCGGGCUGCGCAACGAGGUCCGCCAGGACUGA